GCAUUUGAGCAGGAAAGAUUUCCUUGCUUUUUGGACUGCUCCCUGGCUUGUCAUGUUUCUUAGAUUGCAAUAACUGAAGGCUUUUCUAAAAUCUCUGGAGUUUGCAGCACAUAGGUCCAUGAGCCAGACAGCAAUCUCUCCAGCUUUCAGAUGAGUAGAGGACCAGGAUCCAUCUCAGGUUUGCCAGAAUUUGCAGCGCUGUAUUGCUGAACAUGUGGCCAAACAUUGCCCAGAUCCAGAUUUGACCUGCAAAACAGUUUUACGUGACCCCCUGGACAUACUCACUGGUCAGUAAGUUUGGCAGUGACAGAGCUUCAGGUUGACCUCAUGAGCCUGCCAUUUUCAAAUACAGAGCCAUACAGCUUCAUAUAUAUUGGUCUGGCCUCCAAACACCUGUUUGUGACUAAAAAUGGCUUCUCACCCUAGAAAUAAUGGCCAUGCCUACACAUGCUAUCACAGGAAAAUAGAAAAUACUUAUGUGCUCUGCUGGUAUAAUGGUGAGAGCACUGGAGAUGUCUCUAUGCCUAACCCUCAAACCACUGCAGAAAGAAUAGUAGGAAAUACCUGUUUUGCAUCUGUCACUGUUGGAAGUCUUGCAUACCCCAAAUAGAGCAGCUGCUUAGGCAGCAUUGUUAGAGAGGUCUCGCAAUUCUCUGUUCCUCAGGGAAGUCCCCUUCAUUGACACCUGUGUCUGCUUAUAUAUUCCCACAGCUUCUUUGAAGAAUCACAGAGUCAGUGAUCCCAGCAAGAGACACACAAGUGCAGGUUGCAUGAAGAACUAAAGAUGGCAAAAAGUGAGGACUGCAUACACAUUUUACAGGGUCUAUUAGUCUUUGGAAAUGUGGUCAUUGGGAUGUGUGGCAUUGCCCUGACAGCAGAAUGUAUCUACUUUGUGUCUGAUCCACAUGGUCUCUACCCUCUGCUGGAAGCCACAGAAAAUGAUGGCAUCUAUGCUGCUGCCUGGAUUGGCAUCUUUGUUGGCUUUGCACUGUUUGCUCUAUCUAUCCUUGGUAUCAUUGGAAUCAUUAAGUCUGACAGGACCUUGCUGCUGGUGUACAUCAUUCUGAUGCUGAUUACUUUUGCAUUUGAAAUGGCUUCUUGUAUCACGGCAGCGACUCACCGAGACUUCCUCACUCCAAAUCUCUUCCUGAAGCAAAUGCUGGAGAGGUAUCAGAAGGCAGAGCCAGCUAAUAACAAUGACAAAUGGAUGACUGAAGGGGUCACAAAGACGUGGGAUAAACUCAUGCUUCAGAACCAUUGCUGUGGGGUGCUGGGCCCCUCCGACUGGCAGGAGUACACGUCUGCCUUCCGCUCCACACACAGCGAUGCUGACUUCCCCUGGCCACGAAAAUGCUGUGCCAUGGAUGCCCAAGGGCUUCCCGUCAACCUUGAUGGCUGCAAACUUGGAGUCCCUGGCUAUUAUAACAGCAAUGGUUGUUAUGACGCUAUUUCUGGACCAGUGAACACACAUGCCUGGGGUGUUGCCUGGUUUGGUUUUGCCAUCCUCUGCUGGACUUUCUGCGUCCUCCUUGGUACCAUGUUCUACUGGAGUGGAAUUGAAUACUGAAGGCCCGGUGUGCUCAGUGCUGUCCUGAAAUGCCGUGUGAAACUGCGUUUGUCUUCUGCUCCAUUCUCCUUGUGCCAUGGAGGAUUUGAAGUUUUCCCACUACCUCUCCCAUAUAUACUUUUGCCUCUCCAAAACCUGACACAGAGAACUGACUGCAGGAAAGAAUCUUCUUGUCCCUCCUUGCCCCUUGUUCUGCAGCCUUUAUGUCUCCUGGCUGAGGCACAAUCCUUCUUUCACGGUGCAAGAAAUCCUUGGAGCAUAAGAUAAGAAGUCAUCUGAUUUGUUCUCUGAUACCAGUAAAGAAAAUCUCCAUAUACACUUGCUGCGAAACAUGGCUCUCUAAAGUAAGAUUGAACUUAAAUGGUAACGCUAAAGGCUCCAGCAAGGGCUAUGUGAGCAAAGCUGUAACCUCUUGUGACCAAAACUGUAACCUCCCAUGACCAAUAAAGAUGGAUGCUGCAAGGGAGAAGACUGCAGACCUCUCUAAUAUAUUUUAUUGUUCAACUUCUCUUCCUGGUCUCUAUCACCCCUUGCCUUGGAAUAAGGCAGAUUUCCUGAGAGUUUUAGUGUGUCAGCAGUAGAGACAUGUCACAGAGAAAAAGUGUUGCUAGUCAAGCCCAAUAAAAGGCUAGCUCACUCCUCAGCAAUAUGCUGCCUAUAAGCAAGCCUACCUUCUGUUGCUGAUGAAACUACUGCAUGUACUCCUACCUUCAGAAGUGCCAGUCCAGGAAAAUCUUCACUUGCUGACAAGCAACUCCUUCAAAAAGCUGUUCUGUACCUCACACAAGAUUUCACACAUCUACAGGCUAGAAUUCGUGCAGAAUACAAAGGGUCUUGUGCUGUUGUUGGCUUUGCAAAAGUGGCUGUCCCAUGCCCCUAGUUUACUGUGCUUCUUGCUUCGGCUACCUGUAUGUAUAUGGUUACAUCUCCUGUGUAAUUCCCCUUCCACAUCCCUGGGUCAGGUAGGACAUAAGGCAAACAAUGGCAAUGAGUAUCUCUUGUGAAAAAUGCAAGCAAGGUGCUAACUGAACCAAAUCCAGUCCUUGCAUCAGCACUUACAGUUCUCAGUCAGUUCAAUAGAGGUUGCGUAUUUUGGCCCGGACUUAUCUGCUGUCUUUCCUAGUGAACACUUCAGCAGUUAAAUGUAUCAUGAGAAAUAUGCUCCUGUAGAGCAUUUUAAGAUUAAUCCUUCGGAAGUUCUACUGGUUCAGGUCCUGACACUUGCCAUCUGCCUUGAUUCUUUGUUUUUGUAUAUUCACCAAAAUACUAAUUAAAAAGAAGUGGAGAUGAAUUUU